GCCGUUUUCAGUUAAAAUUAGUACAUACUCCCUCGAUCUCCUCCUCAUCUUCCUCCUCCCCCUCGUUCUGCUACUUCUGCCCCGCGCAUGGCCACGCAGUAUCAGAGCAUCCAAGGGCAGCAACAGCCCAUGUACUCCGACCCGGCGCAUAAUGGAUCUACGGGAUACAUUUCGUCUCCAGCAAAGAAGGGAAUAAGCAACUGGGUCAAGAUCGGCAUACCAGUCGCAGUCGUCGUCAUCGUCGCUGCCGUAGUCGGAGGCGUCGUCGGCUCGCGCCACCAUUCAUCCUCUUCAUCCUCCUCAUCCUCCGCAUCAGGGUCAGGAAGCCAAGCCACCGGCUCAGCCGCGUCCGCGCAUGCAUCCGCCUCCUCUGCCGUCAGCGCCAAGCUCGCCCUGGGUCGCUUCGCCACGGCCACGAACAGCGAGUUCAUGAUGCCGAUCUACCCCUCCACGACCGACAGCUCCGCCUUCAGCUCUCCGACGUUCGUCCCGUCCACAAGCUCGACCAACUCGUGGCCGAAGGACCCCUUCUCCCCGAGCUCGCCGGACGUGACGACUGUGCGGCCUGACCGACCGCGCCUCAUCGCGCCCGCGUACAGAUGGGCCGCCCUCCCCGAACUCAUCGCGAACGACCCGUAUCUCAAGGGCUGGAACGCCACGAUCUUCGGGAACGCGACACAGUGGAGGGCGGCGCCGCCCGUUGUGUACUUCAUGGACGGCUCCAGUGGCAUUCUAGACAACUCGCGCUCCGUCAAGGAACGCAUCAAGGCGUUCGCGUAUGCCUACCGCAUGACGAAUGAUACUGCGUGGGUGGACAGGACGUGGGAGGAGAUUCAGAACGCAGCUGGUAACGGCACGACUCCUUUCGGCCCAGACACCGACAAAUGGAACGCUGCGCACUUCCUCGACACCGCUGAGAUGUCCGCGGCGUACGCCAUCGCCUACGACUGGCUGUACGACAUGUGGUCGCAGGACCAGAAAAACAAGAUGAUCUUCACGCUCCUAAAGUACGGGCUCCAGCCUGGUCUGUCACAGUUCACGACCGGCUCUGGCUGGUGGGCCAACAACAUCACCGGCAACUGGAACUGCGUGUGCAAUGGCGGCCUGACCCUUGCGUCGUUGGCUAUCCUCGGAGACGAUGGCAGCGGUGUUCCAGAACAACUGCUGGCCAAGACCGUCCCGAAUGCAGUGGGAAAUUGUGCCAAGGCCGUUUCGCCAGAUGGGACCUGGGCCGAGACCGCAAACUACUGGUACUUCGGUACUACGGCUCACGCCGAGAUGGCCUCGUCUCUCAUCAGCGCUACUGGAUCUGACUAUGGCCUGCUGGAUACCAACACCGACUUCUCCAGGACGGGCGAUUUCCACAUGUACGUCACCGGAGCGACGUCUCUCUUCAACUACGGCGACCACGGGCCCAACAAGUUCUCCACCACCGCCAACUCGAUGUUCCUGUACGCGGAUCACUACAACGAGCCGCAGUAUGCGCUGUUUCAACGGGAUAUGGCGGACGCCGCUGAGCCGUGGUCCAUGUUCUGGUAUAACCCCUCGAUCAAGGGCGCGUUCUGGGACGGCAAACCUCUCGACCACUUCUUCAGCUCGGGCACGGAUCAAUGGGCUUCGAUGCGGAGCUCCUGGACGGACAACAACGCGCUCUACGUCGGCAUCAAAGCCAGCACGCUGCGCUUCCACCAGACGCACAACGACCUGGACGUCGGAGACUUUGUCCUCGAUGCGCUCGGCACGCGGUGGUUCGGCGAGCUCGGAUCUGCUGACUACAAUGCACCGGAGUACUUCACGUCCGACGCCCAAGAUGCUGUGCGCUGGCAGUACUACCGGAAAAUGACGGAGGGACAGAAUACUAUCUUGAUUGGCCAGACUAACCAAAACGUCGACGCGUUGCCGACUGUCCAAUUUGGGACCUCGAACACGACACAGGGCCCCACCACCGUUAUGCAGGUCCCGCAAGACUCGACGGCCUUCUUUGUAACAGACAUGACUUCGGCUUACUUCAACGCCACAUCUGUCAAACGGGGGAUCCGACUGCUGAAUGCUCGCACCCAGGUGCUGCUGCAAGACGAAGUCACGGCAUCCGCCGGCGUCAUGUGGCGCGCGCACACGAACGCGACUGUCAACGUCGACUCGUCGGGAACUUCCGCGUCGCUGUCGCUGGAUGGGCAGACGAUGAAGGUCCAGAUGCUAAAUGCACCGAAUGGCGCCCAGUUCACCACGGGCCCUGCGGUCCGGUUCCCGUCUGAUGUCACGCCCCCUAUCCCUGACCAGCCCAAUCCUGGUGUGACUGUGCUCAUGAUCAGCCUGCCUGCAGGAACAUACUCGCUCCAGGUGCUGUUCAGCCCACAGGCGAGCGGUGCGAAUCUCGUCACGCCGCCGUCGGUAGGAUUGGAUCAAUGGACGCUCACGAGCCACAAUUGAGCCACUACUGCUGCAGCUAUCUUGGACUUUUUUUUGAUUACACACUCUUUUUGGACAUACAUACAAGUAUAGGUACAUUACUGACUCUAGUGUUACGCACGAAUGUAUGACACCACACCACAUUGCAUUGCAUCUUUCGCACUGUUAGAUCUGAUCGCGGUCGGGUCGGUGGUGGGUGUCCACGGGGACGUUGUGCGGGCAGACUGGAAAUGCACGGCUGCGAUUCUAACCUUGGCACAGCAUCCGUCGGGAAAUCCCGCAUGCACGGGUCUGAUGAUCGGAUCGACGUUGGGAUUCGGCUGGCCAUACUCCCUUGAAUAUCAUGCAGCGAGAGAGAAUACCGAGGUCGGGGACAAAUUUUUCGGGGCCACCGACUUGGCCUCUCGAUUGUCUUAUCUGUCUUAGCGGCGGCGAACUUGCUGAUGUGCAGCAUAGUGCUUUGUUCCAUUUAGGCUCUGAUCGCUCUUUGUUGUUGGCCUCUGGGCACACAAUGGGAGGCCGUUUCUUGGAUGAAAUGAGGCCUCUGCGAUAUUGCUCCGGCCAAAGCCAGGGUCCACCGCGCUCUGGGCGGACUCUUUGUCUCGUCCCUCCCGUGAGCGUGUAUAUAAGUCAGCUGAAGUGCGGCCGCAGCAGUCCAGCGCUUUCUCGUCGCCUCCAGCAGUCCCGAGCCAUGCCCACCAGCCCGAUCCCAGCAUUGACGUACGUGUGGCAGGGCGGGAUCAGCUAUGCGGUGGGGGACCAGGUGUGUCUCUUCCACAGGGAGCAGCGCACCGUCGCCGUGUGGAGAUGCAGAGUCGCUCACACGUCGGGAACUUCCGCAGAGAUGAGGCCAAGGUGGACCGGCGGCACAUCGUGGCCCGGUGUCAGCUCCGAGAUCUGGGAGUACGUCGGCACAUCGGUCUGAGCGUGGUCGCACGGAGGACGAAAAAGUUGCCAGUCGUCACUGCGGGCACUGCAGGAUAGCGGUGGGGGAACAGGCCUCCUCGAUUCGGUCUUCGGACUCUAACUCAAGGAACAUGCCCAGUCGUCGCUGCCGCCGGACGAGCAGUCCGCUCGCUGUAUUUAUUGCAUCCUAGGGAAUUUAGAAGUUUUUCUGGGGGGAGAUCAUUGUGUCUUUGAAUACCUCACGAUGACGGCCUUGAACGACGUGAGGCAGAGGAGUAUUACUCACCUGACUGCAUGUUGAGCGAGGCAUUCUAGAGCAGCUCACAAGUGAAAUACUGUAAUGACAGCACAUUUGCAUUCGGGAUUAGUUGUAGCCGGAGAGGCCGAGUUGAAUUUCCAUCUGAGUUAGGAUGUGAAUGUGAUGGGAUUCAGGACUCGUCCGUCUACCUAGUA